AUGCUGGUUCCAAACGUACAAGACAAGACCUCAGAACUACUCGUGAAUCAUUCAAGUGCUUUUCACGUAACAUUCAUAUCCACUUCAGUUCUACAUUCUUUUUUUACUGUUACAGCAGUUGUUGGGAAUCUCCUUGUCCUGAUUGCCAUUUUGAAAAAACUUUCAUUAACAGAGCCUUCAUAUGCACUUCUGGUCUGCUUAGCGAUAUCUGAUCUUGGAGUAGGUCUCAUUUGUCACCCUUUAUAUGUUAUCUGGAAGUUAAAUUGGCUGAUAAAUGGGUUGUCUGAUAAAUAUUAUCAGAUCCGCUUCUACUUAUCCUUCAUUUCGACAUAUUUUGCUUCUGUUUCAUUGUUGACUGUUACAGCCGUUAGCUGUGAGCGCUUUCUUGCAUUACACUACCAUCUUCGCUAUAAGUCGAUGGUAACUCCUAAGAAGCUACUCUCAGCCGUAUUAUUUCCAUGGAUUUUUUCAGCACUGUUAAACAUUUUCGACUAUUUCUUCCCGGACGUGAAUUUUUACGCGCAAGGUCUGUUCAUACCGUUAUGUUUACUAACCACUUCUUUUGCCUACAUCCGUAUUUAUUUCAUUCUUCGACGCCAUCAUAAUCAAAUAAAAUGUCAAGCAACAGCCAUGAGCCAAGGGAACGAUCAACAUUCCACAAAGCAAGAAGAAUUUGAUUUGCAAUCCUUUCGAAAAUCUGUAACAGGCAUGUUGUUGAUUUAUGCUCUUCAACUAGUUUGCUACUUGCCUCAUCUUGUUGUUGAAAUAUUCUAUAAGCGUCAAUAUACUUUAGGAGUUGGGAUCGUUCGUAACAUUACCAUAACUGGAGUAUACAUUAAUUCAUCUUUAAACCCAAUUAUUUAUUGUUGCAGGCUGUCGGUCGUGCGCCAAGCGAUUAAACAAAUUCUCGGGUUCAAAAAUGUGCGACAAAACCCGGAACAUUAAUUCGUUACUAGAUGACACGCUUGUAUUUACAUGUAAAAUGAAGUUAAUCUUGUUAUUAGUUGGCUCCAUAAAGGUCUUAUGGAGCUCCUGAAACGAGAAGUUAUGGCAGAAAUUAAACUACCCCGACUUUGAUGGACAAAAGACAACAAUACUAAUAAGAAAGCGGCC